UUUAGAUGUGACACUCCUCACAUUCUGUCAGCUCAAUUUCAUGGUUCUGCUUUUUCUCAUUACGUCAGGUGUACAGUCAGGGGUGCAGGCAGAGAAGUGAAGUGAAGUGGAGGAAGUCUGUCAGAGCUGCUGCUGCUACUGUGCUCACUAAAGGAACCGAGGCGGUGUGUGUGAGUGUGAGUGUGUGUGUGAGUGUGUGUUACAGACAGACCUGUUACUGCGAAGAUGUCGGACAGCAAACUACCAACUAAUAUCGGGGGAAAUAUCGGAGCCGGGGCUGGAAUAUUAGCUAAAAGGUUUCAGAAGUCGAUGAACAGAGCUCAAGAGAAGGUUCUUCAAAAACUUGGGAAAGCAUUGGAGACAAAAGAUGAGCAGUUUGAACAGUGUGCAGCUGAUCUGAAUAAACAACAGACAGAUGGUGCCAGGUUGUUCAAGGACGUAAAGGCCUACUACAGUGCUGUCAAAGUGAUGCAUGAUACUUCCAAACGUUUGUCUCAGACUCUGAAGGAUGUCUAUGAGCCUGACUGGCAGGGCAUAGAGGACCUGUCUGUCAUAAUGGAGAGUGAGGACCUGCUGUGGAAUGAUUAUGAGGAGAAGUUAAGCGAUCAGGUUGUUCGUACGAUGGAUAAUUACACAGCACAGUUUCCAGACGUCAAAGAGCGAGUGUCCAAGCGUGGGCGCAAACUGGUUGAUUAUGAUUCUGCACGCCACCAUCUCGAGGCACUGCAGAAUGUCAAGAAAAGAGACGAAGCCAAAAUAAGCAAAACAGAGGAGGAAUUUACCCGAGCACAGACUGUGUUUGAGGAGAUAAACAAUGAACUCAGAGAGGAGCUGCCUAUCCUUUAUCAGAGCCGCAUUGGCUGCUACAUCACCGUGUUUCAGAACAUCUCUAACCUGAGGGAUGUCUUUUACAAGGAGAUGAGUGUGUUAAAUCAUGACAUCUAUAACGUAAUGAAGAAGCUUGAGGAACAGCAUUCCACCAAAACCUUCAUCAUCAAAGGCCUUAACAGCACAUCCAAAUCUAAGAAGAGGAAAUCUCUGAGUAUUUCAGCACCCAUCCCCUGUAACACGGCUUUCCCUGCCGAUCAUCCAGGCCUGAGCAAAUUGAGCAUACCUGAUGAACUCUCCCGCCGUGACUCUGAACCGUACUCUGAAAACACUGCGCUUGAAAUAUCAGACAUCGAUGACUUGAGCUCUAAUGAAAGUGUACCGCACACACCCAGUCUACAGUCGGUGUGUUCAGAGGAGGAAGGUGCCAGGCCUGAUUCAGCCAGUGGGAGUGCAUCAGACGUUAGCGCUGACCAGCCAAACAUGAAGGAGCGGCCAGAGAGUGUAGCUGCCAGUGAGAAAGCUGUGGAGGACCAAAAUGCUUUGUCUCCGGAGUCUGAUGAAGCAGUUUCUGUGUCUGAACCCCAACCGAAAAAUGAGGAGGAGGAGACGGGUGCUGCAGACAAAGAAGACAGUAAGGAAUUAAUGAAAGGACAAGAGACAGACAGUUCACGCCCUCCUGGUUUCCUCUACAAGGCUGUUGCGUUGGAGACGCAGGACUCUGAUGAAGGCAUUCUUUUAAUGUUCACUAAAGACGACGUGCUGCUUGUGUUUGAGGAUGAUGACGAAGAAAAGAUAGAGGGCACUGUGUGGGCGGUGAGCGAGCAGGACUGGAUAGAGCAUAAAGACCUGACCCUUCUUUCAGGCAUAGUCACAGAGACCCUGAUCCAGCGCACUGACUCCAACUAGGCCAGGACUGUAAGCUUAUGCAUAGUUUGAUGACUUUGCUCAUAAGCACAAGGAGCUUUCAUUUGUGACCUAGUGAACAUUGUAAUCCGGAAUCUGCCUUUUGUUCCAGACACAAUGCAUACUUUCACUUCUCUAAUCAGGGCUUAGAAACACUCGAUUCUAAGCUCCUUUUACUGAGCCUGUUCACUUUUUGAAAACAGUGAAGUUUGGACUUGGCUACACUAUACCAGGUACUUAGUAUGUACAGAAAUGUAGCUUUAUGUCAGUAAUCUGUUUUGUCGGCAUGAUGGUGCAGCUGGUAGAGUGGGUGCCCUACAGUACCAUGUCUUGGGGACCUGGGCAUGAUCCUUGCCUCCAGUCACUGUUUGUGUCUUCUUGUCUUCUUCCAAAAGCAUGCAGAAUGUGUAUCACCUACUCUCUGUGUGAGUGAAUGUGUAAGUGUGUCUUGCUGUCUUAUUCCCAAUAUUUAAAAGUGGCGCUGAAACGCGUUGGUCCAGAAUGAAGCAGUAGCAGCAAAUGAAUGAAUUGAUGUUUUGCCAGUAUUUACAGAGAUUUGUUAAAGCUGACGACGCUUUUUCAGAAUGUUCUUUUCAGCCAUGUAUAAAGUAAAUCAUUGUUCCUAAAAGUCUUUUUCUGUGUUUAAAGUGUAACAAUGUGUAAAAUGAUGCUCUUGAUGUUCUGAUGAUUUUUAUUUUGCAGUCUUUGCACUGCCCUCAACAUAAAAAAAAGAAUGCCAGAGAAAAACUGUGAAAUAUCAAGAUUUUAUGUACGCAUUUUAAAGGAAUUAUUGCUUGUGUUUAAUAAAGAUACAGAAUAUAUUGUGAUUGAAA